AUGGGCCUCUCCCCCUCUGUCUUUCGUAUCUUGGUCGUCGGCUUCGUUGCGCUCGGCAGCACAACCUAUGGCUACAGCUCCAGCAUCAUCGCAACCACCCUCGGCCAGCCGUCUUUUCUGUCCUAUUUCGAGCUCGACUCCCGAUCCAAUGCGACCCAGCUAGAAGGCGCCAUCAAUGGCCUGUUUCAGGCUGGUGGUCUCGUCGGAUGCCUGUCAUGCAUUGGCACGGCAGAUUGGCUUGGUCGCAAACAGUCCAUUCUGAUCGCGUCGCUGGUGACCAUCGUUGGUGGAGCGCUGCAGGCUGGUAGCGUACAUAUUGCCAUGUAUCUGGUCUUCCGCUUCGUCACCGGGAUUGGUGUUGGCGCUCUCGUCGCGUUGGUGCCGUUAUACCAGUCGGAAAUUUCGCCGCCAAAGAUCCGUGGUUUUCUCGUUGGAAUACACGGCGUGAUGCUCUGUAUCGGAUAUGCUCUCGCUAGCUGGGUCGGCCUAGGAUUUUAUUUUGUCAACGCCUCAGGAUCGCAGUGGCGUCUUCCUCUGGCUAUACAGUGUCUCCCGCCGCUCAUUCUAGCGUCCGGAAUUUUUAUGCUUCCUGAAUCGCCGCGGUGGCUAAUCGACAACGAUCGUACCGAGGAUGCACUGAAGGCCUUUGAAUCCAUUCAUGCCGAAUCUGACCAGUCCAUCGCGAAUGAUCACGGUGCUGUUGUGGCCGAGUUCAACCUUCUCCAAGCUUUGAUCGUACAUGAGAGAGAAGAGAAGCACACCUUUUCCGAUAUGUUCAGAUAUCCCGCCAUGCGUAAGAGAUGCUUGAUUGGGUUUUUCGUUCUCUUCGCUUGCCAAGGAACCGCCACUUUGGUUAUCAAUAAUUAUGGCCCUUCUCUUUACGCAUCUCUGGGCUUUGAACCCGUCUCUCAACUGGUUAUCCAAGGCGGCUGGAUCACAGUGUGCCCCAUAGGUAACCUGGUCAACUCACUCAUCGUCGACAAAGUUGGCCGCACCCGUUUGCUGAUGGCAGGCUUUGUCGGGACUGUUUCCGCGCUUGUCGGAGAGUGCAUCACUUUGAGCAUCUAUCAAAGAUCGGGCUCUCGCUCUGCAGCUAGCGCCGCCGUGUUUUUCCUCUUCUUCCAUAUUGCCUGUUUUUCCGUCACCUGCGAUGCGACUUCAUACAUAUACGCGUCGGAGAUAUUUCCGACACCGGUGCGUGCCAAGGGGCUUGCUAUUUCCGUUUCAGGGCUUUUCGUCGCUACAAUUAUAUUUUUGCAGUGUGCGCCAACGGCUUUUGCGGAGAUUGGGUGGAAGUAUUACACUGUAUUCAUUUCGUGCACGGUGGUGAGCUUUUUUAUUGUUUGGUUUUGUUGCCCCGAGACUAGUCAACGUUCUCUUGAGAGUAUCCCCGAGCUGUUUGGGGACUCUGUCGAACCGGCAAACAUCAAACAUGUCGUCGAGGUCGAUGAAGUUUCUGCUUCUGGCAAGAAAUAG